UUCAGCCCCAGAGGCAGAGCUUUCUUCUAUUUGAAGCCAACUGUCGAGCGAGAGAAGAAGAAUCCCGACAGGGAAUCUUCUCGGUUCUCCGUCGCUGAUCGUCGGAAGCUCGCCGGAAGUGCCACCUCCUAAGUUAUAAGCUCUAGGAGAUGGCUCUGCAGUGGAUGCUACUGACCUACGCGGUGGCAGCUGAGGCUGUUGUGGCGAUCCUGCUGACUCUCCCGUCGCCGAAGCUCUUAAAGUACCGCAUCGUCUCCUUCGUGUCCCUCAUCCUUCAGUCGGCGCUCUUCGUCGUCCCCUUCGCCGGGUUUCAGCUCCUCGAUCUGUACUGGAAGAACGAGCACCGCUUGAUGUGCACCUCGGAGGUCUGCACCGCCGCCGAGAGAGAUCGCUACGAGAAAUCGAUCUAUAAAGCCCAAAGGAAUGUGAUUUUGUGUGCUUCAGCGUGCCUCCUCUAUUGGUGUAUCUAUCGGAUAUGCAAAUUCUACAAGAAGAUUCAGAGCUUGGAGGAAGCAGAAAAGAGGAUGAAAGACCAGUAAUUUCUAAUCAAUGCCCAUCGUCUCACCCUGGAGUUUUGCAGAUACAAACGGUUUGCAGUGUACCUUGACGAGAACCCGAUAUUGCUCGUAGAUAUUAUGUCUUGUCAUUUUCAUAUUUCUCGUUCCUUCUUGUUUAUUUUAUCCUUUUUGAGCGAAUUAUGUUUGCUUUUGCAAUAGCAGCAUGAUUCUCAAAUAUUUAUUGACUACGCAGUUUGUGAGACCAUAUGAUGGGAUUCAGAACUCAAAUUUACGCAAACUGACAGACUCCUCGGUGGAAAA